AUGGCUGCCAGCGAAUGUGUGCUGAAACGUUUUUCGGCGGAAUUUCAAGAUUUUCUCCAAACCAGAGCGCAGUGUAAAGAUUUAAGCAGGCCAGGACAGUCCGUGGUACUGAAACAGAGCACAAACCUCGGGAAUGGAGAUUUCGUCGUCCCGUCUGUUUUCGUCAAGGCGGCUUUUCCGGACCGCGCGAUCCUUGAAAGUUUCCUGUCUUCAAAAGAACUGGCUGAGUCCCUGUUGAGCUUAAGUUUGCCCGUACAGCAGCUCAGUAUAUCAGAUGAUGGUCGACUCUGUCUCAAGCUUUCCCGGCCACAGACGUUCCACAAGGUUCUUUCCAACGUGGAAAAACUGAAGUCAAACUAUGGGCCUAUGGAGAACAGUGGUGACAAUGUGGCUGUAGUGAAUCUUGUACCACAGAACUACAGGACUUGUGGUAAAGCUGACAGUGGGCAGAGUUUGGUACAGCUGAGAGGAGCGUUGAUAGCGUCACAUGUGGCAGCACUACUCAAGGCUAAUGGGUUUGAAGUACACAAAGUGAAAUCCAACGUGCAAGGUGAACAUGAAGAAUUUUGGGACAUCCUGUGUGAAGGUGUCCAGUCAUCAGCUGUGGACUCUGAGUCUGACUCAGGGACAAGGGAACAGAUUCUACAGGCAACAGCAGAGUCUAAAUACAGAAUAUCAGACUCAGAGGACAGAAGACAUUUGUCAUCAAACAAUGAGGAAGAUACAAAGGACUGUUCAAAACAAGAGAGGGAAAGUGUUUCUGAUCCUAGUGAUGGACUGACUGGAAAGGAAAAGUUUGUCAUGUUAGAUCUGAAGAAAUUCAUUGAGGAUGGUUCUUUACAAACUGGUAAAGAUGGGUAUGAUCCAAACCUGAAGACAGUAACUGUUCUAGAGGGAAAUCAGCCCACCCUGCUGAUGGAAGAAGUCAUUUCUCUACAAACGAUUUUAAAGUUGGACUCUGUGAAGACCAAGGCACCUGUUGUGGUGCACGUGGCCAGCCAUGGGAGGGCCUUCCAUGCACAACAGGUGGACAUGACCUGGAGGAUGUUGAACCUAAAUGAGGUCACGACCUGUCAGACCCAUUUAGUGUAUAACUCUGUAGCAGCCAGAAAAUCUACCUCUACAUCAGAACAGCUGACAGCACAGGACUUCUGGAGACUAAGACAUGCCCAGAUGAAGGAGGCUUCUGUCCUGAAGUAUGGGGAUACAGUAGAAGGUCCAGGUUGGGACUCCACCAUCACUGCCAUGACAGCCGCUGCCAUCAAGUUUGAACUUCUCUUCACUUCAUGUCAGAACAUUGCUAAGCUGGACCUGUCCAUUAAGGAGAGUGGGGAGGGACCACAGGAUAACAAGGGAGGGGCGUUUAUCCUGUACAACUGUGCACGGCUGGCCACACUCUUCAAACACUACCAAGAGGAUGUACAAGCGGGUGUGUAUCCAGAUCUUCCAGACAUCAGUAGUGUGGACUUCUCACUUCUUAAGGAAGAGGAGGAGUGGGAACUCCUGUUUAACUUCCUCCUGCCAUAUCCUGACCUGGUACAGGGGACUGUAGGGGACAUCAGCAACACAAGGGCUAAGAUACUCACUCAUCAGGUGUGCAGUUUCCUGAUUGCCCUGAGUCGAGACCUGAGCUCUUACUACAGGAGGGUGAGAGUACUGUUGGAGCCGAGGGUUCACCUGUUGCCUGUGAUGUUUGCCAGACUCCACCUUCUGAAGGGCGUCCAGCAGGUCAUGCAUAAUGGACUGUCCCUACUGGGGAUACAACCCUUAGCACAGAUGUGAUGCAAAAUGGACCACCCCCAAAGGCAAAGAGUGGUGUGUCCUCAUCACCUUGCACAGAGUUGUGAUCCAUGCCAUGAUUUGCUAUCUCUGAAAAUGGUGGAUCACUUGCGGCACCUAGGGUUUUCAAGAGAAACUGCAGGUCACCUGCCCUUUAUGUUCAUGUGGUCAACUUGGUAAAUACAUGUAGAUUUAGAGUAAACACAAAACCACAAACUUAACCAAAUGAAUAAACAAAGACUUCUAAUAUACAGUGCGAUUUCAUGAAGUACAGGUAUUUAUCUUUAUAGGCAUGUUUUCUUUCAAUUUUAUUUCUUUUUGAAUGAUAGAAAAAACACAUGGCUGUGUGGGAGGAAAGAUGUUCUCAGACACUAAACACCAGCAGUCAGACAGAGACAUUGGGCCAUCAGGGUCGGAGAACGCUAUGAUCUUUCCUCCUAAUAUCCGUUUCCAUAACCUGUCAGCAACAUAAACAAGUGUCCAUAGGCGACAAUUCUCCGUGAAGUAGAGUUCUAGGCAGUCCUUCAAGAUCGAAGCAUUUUGAU